AUGUCUGGUGGUAUUGCUCGGGGACGUCUCACGGAGGAGCGAAAGUCGUGGCGGAAGAACCAUCCUCAUGGUUUUGUUGCAAAGCCGGAGACGCUGCCCGAUGGAACCGUGAACUUGAUGGUGUGGCAUUGCACAAUUCCUGGAAAGGCCGGGACUGACUGGGAGGGUGGCUACUUCCCACUUACGCUGCACUUUAGUGAAGACUACCCUAGCAAGCCGCCAAAGUGUAAAUUCCCACAAGGUUUCUUUCAUCCAAAUGUUUAUCCUUCCGGGACUGUGUGCCUGUCUAUACUUAACGAGGAUAGUGGGUGGAGGCCAGCCAUAACAGUGAAGCAAAUUCUUGUGGGCAUCCAAGAUUUGCUUGACCAGCCAAAUCCUGCUGAUCCUGCCCAGACAGAAGGCUAUCAUCUAUUCAUCCAGGAUGCUGCAGAGUACAAGAGAAGGGUCCGGCAGCAGGCAAAGCAAUACCCGCCUCUUCUCUAG